UAACGGGAAAUCUUCUGUAAAAACUUCUGUACGUGUGUUAGUCAUUAAACUCCUCCUAAACGGCUGGACCGAUUUUGAUCAAAUUUACAAUUGGAUUUUAUUCCAUCCAUUAAGCUUUACAAUCAAUAAUUUAUUCGAGUUGCCUUUCCUGAGUACGGCAAAUAAAUCAGAAACCUUUCGUUUAAUACAAAAAAUGCGCUUCUUUGGCUUGGUCCGAGUUUUGAUCCUGUCAACCUUGUUUUGGCUUUUGACAAUCGAGUUGCUGAUAUACUUCAACAGCACUGGCUUUGCAGAUCUGGUCGAGUUCGUUCUCAAGCCUUAUAGAGAGAAGGUAAGAACCUAUGAAGUUGGCCUGAGAAGUCAGCGGUGGAACGAUGAUCGCAUAGCAAAGCUUCUUCAAAAGCAAGUGCGCAUUCACUGCUUGGUUUAUAUGGAUCCUUCGGACUUCGAGUUGGGUCCCCAGAAGGCUGUUCAUGUUAGAAACACUUGGGGACGUCGCUGCAAUCACCUUACCAUUGUAAACCAAAGAGACACUUCUCUGCUGAAGGCAUAUCUCCGGAUUUACGAGGAGUUCCACGGUCAGUUCGACUGGCUUCUGGUGGUUUACCUGGACUCCUAUGUCGUCAUGGAGAACCUGCGCCGCCUGUUGGCUCAUCACUCGCCAGCCGAAGAGAUCUUCUUCGAGGCCCAGCAUGACUUCUACAUCUAUGCCCACGUGGGUCAGGUUUCCACCACCGAUUAUAUAUUCAGCCGCGAGGCAUUGGAGCAACUGGCCACCAGGAACUGCCUGCAGGAUGAGAUCUUCCUCAGGGAGUGCUUGAAAAGGAUGAAAAGGGCUUCCAGCGAAGGACUUCAGUCCUUCAAGGUAUCGGAAAUGGUGAUUCCCUUCACUUUGCGACUUAAUUUCUGGCUGUGGCCCUGCGCAUUCCAAGCUGUCUAUAAAAACCAGAGCUGGGAAAGCUGUUUCCGUGGAUCAAUCUUGUACCCAUAUUGCCGUGACGUGCAAAUGCAUGUGCUGGAGUUUCUACUCUAUCACCUCCGACCCUUUGGCCAUGUGAAUCCCCUGCCAGAACUCAGAUCUCCCACUUUUCCCACAACAAUAACCCACCGACCGUUAAGCGAUCGAGUGGCCAGGUUUAUGUUCCGAUCGGUGAGGAUAAUCUGCUUGGUCUUAACCUGGCCCAAAAACUACAUGAGUGGCGUGAGGGGAAUCAGCCAAACGUGGGGAACCCACUGCAAUCGAGUGGUGUUCUAUGGGAGCUCCUCGCAAACCACUCCAUCUGGAGUGGAGAUUGUGGGCCUAAACAUCAGCGACUCUCGCAGCAAUCUUUGGGGCAAGACCAAGGCCGCUUUUGGCCAUGCCUACAGGAAUUAUGGCCACGAGGCGGAGUGGUUCUUCAAGGCGGAUGACGAUACCUACGCCAUAAUGGAGAAUAUGCGGCAGUUGCUUCAUUCCCAUUCCCCUGAAACUCCGAUUUACUUUGGCUCGGCAUUCAAGUUGGCUUCCCGGGUUUACAUGUCCGGUGGAGCUGGCUAUGUGCUCAGCAAAAGGGCAGUGGAGCUGUUGGUCAAAGGAGCAGCUAAGAAGUGCCAACCAGGCAAUCGAGGAACCGAAGACUUCGAGAUGGGCAAGUGCCUACGCAUACUGAAGGUCAAAGCCGGCGACUCCCGAGAUCUUUACGGUCGACAUCGCUUUUUUUCGCUUUCCCUGGAACACUUUUUAAUUCCAAGUCGUGACGAAGAGGACUUUUGGCUGGGCAAAUAUCUCUCCCACUCGGCUGGAACGGGAAUGGAGUGCUGCUCCACCUAUUCGAUUUCAAUGCACAACGUCUCGCCCUACGAAAUGCACUUUCUGGAAGCUAUUUUGUAUAAAUCUCGACCUUUCGGAAUAAUCGCUGAUCAUCCUCCCUUGAAAGUUUCAAGAAAAAAGAGAUUAUGGAGAGAGCAGUAUGGUUUAUAGAUCGAUUUUAACAAUUUUUAUGUUUAAUAAUAUACAUGAUUUAAUUGAUAAUGUUUCUA